AUGGUUGAUACCAAGCCCAAGGGUCUGCGGAUCCCGAGCAGCAUUCUCUGCGAAUGUACAAUUGAUAAAGCCUGGCUGGAAAGCUGUACACUGCAGAACUGUGUUGUUCUGAAUGUGCAAGGUGCCCAUUCUACCAGAUUGAGGAACUCGCUCAACCUUGAUAUCGACUUUGCCAAGCGCAAUGAGGCCAGGGAAAGUGUAGUGUUGGAAUGGAACCCAGAAUAUACGAAAGCCCCAACCGAGAAGCUUCCUACCAACAAGGACCACAUCGGAGGCCAAUCUGCAGAAUGA